CCGGCCGGGAGCCAUGGCCGGGCCCGUGCCCAGCCGGGCCAGGGUCUAUGCGGACGUGAACACCCAGAGACCCCGGGAGUACUGGGACUACGAGUCACACGUCGUGGAGUGGGGGAAUCAGGACGAUUACCAGCUGGUGCGCAAGCUGGGCCGCGGCAAGUACAGCGAGGUGUUCGAGGCCAUCAACAUCACCAACAACGAGAAGGUCGUCGUCAAGAUCCUCAAGCCCGUGAAGAAGAAGAAGAUCAAGCGGGAGAUCAAAAUCCUGGAGAAUCUGCGGGGCGGCCCCAACAUCAUCAGCCUGCUGGACAUCGUCAAGGACCCCGUGACCCAAACCCUCCAGCUCCAAACCUUCCAAACCCAAACCCUCCAAACCCCCCAAACCUUCCAACCCCAAACCCUCCAACCUCAAACCUUCCAAACCCUCCACCCCCAACCCUCCAACCCCAAACCUUCCAACCCCAAACCUUCCAACCCCAACCCCUCCAACCCCAACCCUCCAACCCCUCCAACCCCAAAUGUCCCCUCCCCCCGCCCCCGAGCCCCUGUGACCCCUCCCCUGUCCCGUGGUGUCCCCGCAGUCCCGCGACGCCCGCGCUGGUGUUCCGAGCACGUCAACAACACCGACUUCAAGCAACUCUACCAGACCCUCUCCGACUUCGACAUCCGCUUCUACAUGUACGAGAUCCUCAAGGUGAGCCCCCAUUCCCGGGAACCCCCUUGCUCCAGACCCCCCCAUUCCCAGAAAACCCCUCGCUCCAGAACCCCCCCAUUCCCAGAAAACCCCUCAAUCGAGAACCCCCCAUUCCCAGGAAACCCUCACUCCAGAACCCCCCAUUCCUGGGAACCCCUCAAUCGAGAGCCCCCCAUUCCUGGGAAACCCCUCAAUCCAGAACCACCCCCAUUCCUG